UAUUCCCGUGUUCUUCUCACCAGAGAAAACACGAAUUUUUCACUAUUAUGCCAACCUUUCCCUUACAUUACACGACAUAUAAAUCGGGUUUUGCAAUUUAUUUAACAUAUUAUUUAGUGACAGCCUGAUAUAUAAAAGUAAUUUUUUGUAUAAAAAGCCCCCACAACAACCAUUUACCCUUUUAAUGAAACAACACGAAAUUAUAACGCUUCAAGACCAUUGAUUACAAUCUAUCGAAGGGAAUCAGUGUCGUUUUGCGAAUAAUUCUUUUUUCAUAACCUCUUUCCCUAAAUAAAUUCUGUAAUUCACUCAUUAUUAUAACAAAUUCAGCAACGCAAAUGUGUUUCGAGUUUUGAUAUUUUAGUACACAAUUUGGAAAUCCAACCUGCCAACCUCAAUGAAUUGUUCGAUAAACACAAAUCAAUUCGUCUAAAUUUGUUUUAUCAACUGAACCACAAUAAAAAUGGAACCAACGACAGCUCAAAAUAUUUGGCGUAUGUUCAUUAAAUCAACGUUUACUUUUUGUAUUAACAGACAUAUUCAUGUUGGCCGCCUAUUUUGGAUGAGUUAUUUUGUUGUCUUGAUAGAGUUCAAAUAAUGAAUACCAUUCAUAAUUUAGUACUACUCGACAAUGAUUGUAGAAGAUUUCAAUAGAAACGAUCAAUGAUAUUUUUAAAAGUUUAUCGGAAAAUUUUUGAAUCAAGAUCUGUGGCGCAUAAAAAACUCUUCAAAGGCCCUAGAACAAUUGUAUAGGUACAAACAAUUCUCCUGAGGUUUAACCCAUUCCACCUCCCGCUAUGCCUUUUUCCGUGCGCCAAACUUUGAACCAACGAUUUUGAGAGACUGUACUCCAAUUGUCUUUGCUGGUUACUGAUAGCUCACAAUCGCAUGUUGCAAGAUUCAAGUUCGUUUGCUCCUUUUGCGGCACCAAAGCUUUAAGCGGCCUGACAUUUGUGGGUUUCCUUGGCUUUACAAGAUAAUCCCGUCCCGCGUACGGAGGUACAGUACGGAUUUGAUACCCGGGCCGUUCCUGCACGCGCUGUUAGUUGACGGAUAGGUAGCAGACGUCACCAAUGUCAAAUGGGUUGUUAUUGUACAAAGUCAACAAGGUAAAGUGGUAUGAUAAGGAUAAAAUCAAAUGAUUCGUGGCUUUAAAAUGGGCACCGAGCUACAGCAUUACUAUCUGGAGUUGUCUCCGGAUCCGAUUCGCUUCGACGGGACAGGGCUAUUGACAAACGUAUUCUUUGAUGAUGCCAAACAACAGGUCAUUGCGGUCCGUUCCGGUGGAGCCACUGGAAUUGUUGUUAAAGGAGCAAGGGAUCGCGAGAAUUUUGUAUUUUGCAUGGACUUACACACGACCGACACACCUGAUGCGCAAAUCCGAUCGAUAAAGUUCUCCGUCGACAAUCAGUUGCUAGCCGUGCAACGUAGCGAGACAUCGGUGGAAUUUAUCAGCUUUCUGCCGAACCAUCGGCCUAACCUGCACGAGAUACUAAUUUACAAAGGUAAAAGUAUCAUCAAUGGAUUCGUUUGGGUUCAGGAAAGACAAGUCGCCCUGUUCACGAACAUUGGUGUAGAGGUAUUGAUGGUAAACUUUGAGAAGCGUACCCUCAAAUCAAUUAAGUCGCUAAACAUUACCAUGAACUGGUUCAGCUACUGUCCUGUUUCAAAGUUUGCGUUACUUUCAUCAAACUUGGGGACAAUUCUAACUCCGAUCAUCCUGAAACAAGCUAUGAUCACAAAACUACCCAGGCUGGAAUUGGGCAUUGAUCAGGGCUGCAUGGGAAAGGAUGUGACGCUUGCUCAGCUGUAUGGGACUAAUGCAAUAUUGAUUCUACGUCAGCCUCCGAACCGACCAUUUGAGGUAGUAAUCUAUCUGCUGAACGGCCCUGGUUUAGCACCCAAAAAGACACAUAUUCUUAAACUGGGCAACAGUGGUCGUUUCGCUAUGAACGUUGUCGACGAUGUAGUGAUUGUACACCAUCAAGCGACGGCCAGCUCGAUGCUAUUCGACAUUGCGCUCGGGAGCAGUGAAACGGAGCAUGGUACAGGAUCCAUCAUACACUCACCAAUUAUACCGGCAAAACCUAUUCGCCCAUUUCAGCUAGAAGUACCAAGCAUAUCGUUGGAUGGAAAAACUGUGAACUGCGAGUUGUAUACGAAGGAUUGGGUGCUGUUUCAACCUAACAUUGUGAUUGAUUCGAAACUGGGAUGCUUGUGGUUUGUUCAGUUAAAAUUGAAUGCUCUCUGCACACUCAUUACAGAUCGUCUUCGGUUGGUAGAAUUUUUGCUAAAACGUAGUGAUGGGAAAACUGUUAUCCUUUCAGUAUUGAAAGAUAUGAUGGGCACCGCUUACAGUGGGACUAUGUUACCCGUGAUAGAAAGUAUUUUCAAUAAGCUUAAUGCACUCUAUAAAAGCGUGCUAGAUAGUGAGCUGCAGAGCCAAUUGGCACUGAUGUCCCUAGCCAAAUCACCAGUGAAACUCGGCACUCCACCUAGGGUGCUAAUCGAUCAGUCCGACAUGUACUCGAUCGUAUUUUCUACCAUCGUCGAUGCACCACAGAUGGGAAAGUUACUGAUGCUUUAUUUAAAUUCGCUUGCUCGCAAUGGCAUCAAUGCAAAUCACGAGUUUAGCAAAGCCCUUCUGAUUGAUUUGGUGAAUCACAAACAAUUUGAUACGUUGCAGUUUUUGCUGAAAUAUUCAACCUUUAACGAAUCAAAAGCAUUAGCAUGUUUUCUGUUGUCGCUUUCGAACAUCGAUUAUCCUGUCAUAUCGCAAAUGGCGCUCGAUAUGUUAGCAAGAUUAAAUGCGAGCGAAAUCAUAUUGGAGGUACUUCUUGAGCGGAGACAGAUCAUCGAUGCACUACGGCUGGCAAAACAAAUGCCCGGCUCAGAUUCCCUGCCGGCGAGGAAAUAUCUCGAGGCCGCUUUUAAAACAAAGGAUCCGUUGAUAUUUCAUUCGGUGUACAACUUUUUCCAGAUGAAAAAUGUUCGACUUCGUGGAUGUCCUGAUUUCCUGAAACAUGAACAGUGUGGCCAAUAUGUGCAAUAUUAUCAAAGUUUAAUCGCAAGCCAAUGCUUAUAGAUAUAGGUAUGUUUAUACUUAUUCGCGAUAGUAGUAGGUAGUUGAAUCGAAUAAAUUUAAACACAUCACUGUCUUGCACA